UUAUAAUUGAGCCAAAGUGAAAAUUGGUCUAGAAAACAAUCCCUGAACUGAGCUGUGUCACUCCAAAGCAAAAGUCAAGAAACAAAAUAUAUCAGUGAUUGAUUUGAACGAAAUGAUACUUUGAAAUUUACGACUCCAAAUUGGGAAAAGUACAAAUAAAACCCUAAGCAUUUCUUCGUCAUCAAUUUUGAUGCCAUGGAAAUCACUCUUCUCUCUUUCAGUUCUCCAAUCCACCACCGUCUUCAUAAUUGGUAGUCCUUCCUUUCUUAUUUGCAUUUCUAUUCUUCCCAACUUUUUCUUUACUAUUGUGUGUUUUUUUAAUCUACAGGCCACAAGAAAGCGAGAUUCUUUGGGGAUCCUCUUCCACCCUCCUGUGUACUCACUCGUGGAACAACUUAUAAGCACCCAGUUUUGAGGAUUUCACACAAGGCUCCUCAAUGUAGCAUGCAAGGAAUCUCUAAGAAGCUUGAAAAUGUACCAUGGCUGUUUGGUAGUCCUAAAUUUAUUGUUCAGAAUAAAUUUCCCAGAGAUGUAGUUGUUAGAUCUGAACUACUUGCAGCUGGGUCUGCUGAAGAGGCUAUUUUACCUGGUAUGUAUAAUAUGUUUAUUUGAUUAGAGUUUUUGAUUUAUGUUAUGGGAGACUGAUUUAUUUUGUCAAGUAUUGAUUAUCUCUUACUUGCAGAGCUUGAAAGUGGAAUCUAAAGUCAGGGGAGCUUGCUUUUAUGUUGUCACAGCCUUCAGUGUAUUUCUUUUUGUGCUGAUGAUGGGACAUCCAUUGGUACUCCUGUUUGAUCGCUACAGAAGAAAGUUCCACCAUUUUAUUGCCAAAGUGUGGGCUACACUGGACUGUGCACCAUUUUCAAAAUUGGAAUUUAGAGGGAUGGAGAAUUGCCAACCUCAGAACCCCGCUGUGAUAGUUUCGAAUAUUCAGGUUUUCUAGACAGCUUAUACUCUUCUUACGUUAGAGAAGAGAGCUUCAAGUUCAUUAGCAGACUGGAUAUAUUUCUUUUUUCCAAUAAUUGGGUGGGCAAUAUUUUUUUUGGGUUGUAUUCCUUUGAAGCGCAUGGACAGCCGAAGCCAGCUGGUAUUCUUUCUCUAUUAUCAACUAGUAGUGCAGUUCAUUUUAAACAGAGCCUCUGUUUUUUUCUUUCCAGAGGGAACACGCAGUAAAGAUGGACAAAAACUAGGCACAUUCCAGAAGGGUGCUUUCAGUGUAGCUGCAAAGACAAAUACUCCACUCGUUCCUAUUACCCUUAUUGGAACUGGUCAAAUCAUGCCUGCAGGAAAGGAGGGUAUAGUGAACGUAGGAUCUGUGAAAGUAGUUAUACAUAAACCCAUUUUUGGAAAGGAAUCUGAUGUGUUAUGUAAAGAGGCUAGGAAGGCAAUCGAAAGUGUACUGACUCAAAGCUGAGAAAUAGACUGCAAAAAUGUGCUUCCUGAAGUGACCUAAUGUACUUAUACAAUCAAAUGCCUGCAUCUUCGUUGGAGAAUGGAUUCUCUCCUUUGAAAUUUGAAAUGAAAGAUCAUCCUUUCCUUAGGUGGGACUAUCUUAUCAUGUUGGAACACCUGACAUUUGUUCUUCAGGAGAAAGUAGGAGGUUGCAUUGCACUUACAGAAGGAUUUUUAGAUGUCAGCAUCACUUAUGCUUAAGUUUGGACUUUUCACCUUUAAUGAGAAGACUUUACACAGGAAAGUCAUUUACUGACCACACACAUAACAUAUAUGUGCCAGCAAAAAGUAAAUCACCUGUUCAACUAAUAAUGGAUUGUUGUCAAUGUACAAAAA